GAAUCCCGUUUUAUAAACCAUCUUCUAUUCCCUCUUUCUUUCUCAUGGCUUAAAAGCCCUCAACUAACCAACAAAUUCACGCGCCUUUCAAAGACCAAGCGUCCAGUCCAAGCCCGUGAAAUCCAUACGCGGCACCGCGAGAGCCGUAGAUCAAACAGUUGAGAGCAGCGCGUGUGGUCCCGCGGAUAACGGAAGGUCGGCGGAAACAGUUGCAACUGUUGUCCAAAUUAGUUUAGCUUAAUAUAGAUGUUUUUGGAGAUGGAAUAGGAAAAUCAAGAAGAAGAAGAAGAAACUCUGAGAGAGGGAAUGGGAGCUUGUGGUUCAAGGCCGAACUGCUGUGCGGGAGGUAGGCUGGUUUUGCGGAAGAAGAAGAGGACUCAUCGGAAGGAAAGAAGAGUCUCUAAACGCCGCGUUUCGUCUAAUAAGCUUGAAGGCAAUGUCGAUUCCCGCGCCGCCGCGGAUCGUUCUGUCCAAGACGUGGCAUGGUUUGAUUCCACUUCAGUGCUCGAGUCCGAAUGGGACGAUGAGUUUUAUAGUAUUUAUGAUGCGGAUUUUUCUCCGAAUCGCUCUGAAUCCGCGUUUGAUUACAAAGACUCUGUCAUUGAGGGUUCUAGGAAUGUGAAUGCCUCUAGGGUUCAACGGAGAGAUUCUAAGUCUGCGUUGAGGUCCGAUGAUCCUCCGGACAGUGAUGAAGGGGAUGGAACGGUAGCACUGGACCAUUGCUGCGGGCUUCAAAAUGCGUGCUUGCCUUGUCUCGCCGCUGCUGGCACCACAACGGUUGACAAAAGAAAGGCAUUCAGUCUUGGCACAUCGAGUUCGAGGAGGAAAGUGCCUCCGAAGCUUUCGUUUAAGAGGAGGGAAGGACAUGCUGAUCUGACAAUUUUUUCACCCAAGGCGCUUCGGCAAAGACCAAUAGCAGGUUCCUCAAUUCCUUACUGCCCAGUGGAGAAGAGGAUGGCUGAUUGUUGGUCACCUAUUGAACCAAGUGCUUUCAAAGUCAGGGGGAAAAACUAUAUUAGGGAUAAAAAGAAAGAUUUUGCUGCAAACUGCGCUGCAUAUCAUCCUUUUGGUGCUGACAUCUUCUUAUCUCAGAGGAAAAUUGACCAUAUUGCUCGAUUUGUGGAAUUUCCCCAUAUAUAUCCAGCUGGAGAAAUCCCUUCAAUACUUGUGGUAAAUGUUCAGAUACCAUUGUAUCCUGCCACAAUCUUUCAAAGCGAAAAUGAUGGAGAAGGAAUGAGUUUGGUUUUGUACUUUAAGCUAUCUGAGAGUUUUUCUGAAGAGCUUCCCCUUCAUUUCCAAGAAAAUAUCAGUAGGGUGAUCAAUGAUGAAGUGGAGAGAGUUAGAGGUUUCCCUAUGGACACAAUUGCGUCUUAUAGGGAAAGACUCAAAAUCUUGGGAAGAGUGGCAAAUGUAGAGGAUCUUCAUCUAAGCACAGCCGGGAAGAAGCUUAUCAAUGCUUACAAUGAAAAACCCAUGCUAUCACGUCCUCAACAUGAGUUUUACUUGGGAGAAAACUACUUUGAGAUCGAUAUAGAUAUGCACAGAUUCAGCUACUUUGCCAGAAAAGGUUUCGAAGAAUUCCACGACAGAUUGAAGUUAUGUAUCAUGCAUUUUGGCCUGACAAUUCAGGGUAACAAGGCAGAAGACUUGCCAGAGCAUAUCUUAUGUUGCAUGAGGUUGAAUGAGCUUGACUACACUAAUUACAAGCAAUUGGGAUUUUGAUCAACAAGUGCUUUAAUGCAGCAAGGUUUUUCAGUCAGUGACGAAUCAACCGAGACUGUCAACCUCAGUAUAUAUUUAUACAUCCUUCUUCACAGGUUGGAAAUUAUCUUUCAGUCUCCAACUUCGACACUUCUCCUCAUUCAUUUGUACAGAGAGUUUAACUAGAGCGUACAGUUCUGACCAAGAGAGUGUAAUAAAAGGCUCUCAAUUUUUUUAUUUUUUUUUAAAUAUAUAUAAAUGAUGCUUAUGAUUUAUCGCUUGAA